AUGGCAGCAGAAGAGCCAGUCUGGUUUACAUACAUACAGAUACUUUGGAGAAGCAUCACUGCAUCUCAAAUGAAGCGCCCGGGAACAUUAGCCACCUGGUCCGGAGAUACUACUCCAGAGAUCACUCCUAAAAGUCUACCGGCCAUUGCCCUAGAGGCCACUUUUGCAAUUAACGACUUUAAGGUAAAGAGAACAAUUGAAUAUGUGUUCCUUAAAGCUCGAAGACGAAGAAAAUAUCGAAAACACUGGAUUUCUAGAAGAAAAAAACACAAGAAAAAGUCAGGCGGAGGGACUGCUUGUUGUGUACCGACUUGCAAAAACAGUACCAAACGUAACUCCAAUUUGUCAUUUCACAAAUUCCCUAAGGCCAAAAAAUUGCGAUCAGAGUGGGUUCAUUUGAUAGGUAGAAAGGAUUUCGUGCCUAAUGAACACCAUAGGGUGUGCUCUGAGCACUUUCCAGGUGGAAAGAAAUCGUACAUCAACAACGUACCAACCGUAACACCGAAGAAACUACAGCUGACCAAAAGCAAACCAAGAGCAACGUUUAAAUGCCGAAAUAGAAUUCCGAUUACACAACUAGCUGGUACAAACUGCACAUCAACUAACUCUCAAGUAGAAGUUGAUAGUAACAGUGAAAACAAACCUACAGUUGAAGACCUCGAACAUCAAAUUGCACGAUUAGAAAAUGAACUUCGUAGCAUUAAAGAAGAACAUGAAAGAGAAGUUUCUGAUUUAAAAGUUCAGUUAAAGCAAGCAAAGCUUUCUUUGGAUAGAUUCAAGGAAUCUGGCAGUGAUAUUGAAUUCUACACGGGAUUUUCAAAUUAUUCCAACUUUAAAGCAUUUUUCAAAUUUCUUUCCUCUGCAUGUCUUAAGUCGCAUUAUAUUGGCUCUAAAAAUGGAGAUCUCCAACCAGAACAACAAGAAAAACGAGGGAGAAAACGAUCAUUGAGUCCUGAAGAAGAAUUAUUUUUAGUGUUGUCUCGUCUACGUUGUGGACUUCUUGAAAGAGACCUUGCUAACAGAUAUGAUAUCAGUGUGUCACAGGUUAGUAGCAUAUGGAUAACCUGGAUAGAUUUUCUACACAAGCGCCUACGAUCUAUUCCAAUAUGGCCUUCAAGAUCUUUAGUUGACUCAAAAAUGGCACCAGGUUUAAAGGAGCAUCACCCUAAAACACGAGUUAUCAUCGACUGCACUGAGAUUUUCAUUGAAAAACCAUCCUCUCCAUCUACUCAAAGUGCCACAUUUUCUACAUACAAGCAUCCUAAUACUGCCAAAGGACGUAUUGGAAUCUCACCUGCAGGCACCCUUUCCUUUGCUUCAGAACUUUAUGCUGGUAGAACAUCUGAUAUAGAACUGACUAAUGAUUGUGGAAUACUUACGUUGUUAGACACAGAAGAUGAGAUAAUGGCUGACAAAGGGUUCAAUAUAGAAGAAGAUUUACCUGAGAGAAUUUCACUGAAUAUCCCACCUUUUCUACAUGGUGAGCAGCUUAGCCAUGAAGAAGAGGUAAGGACCAGACGGAUUGCCAAAGAAAGAAUUCACGUUGAAAGACUCAUUGAAAAAGCUUCUGAGAAAAAUAAUAAUAAUAAUGAAUAA